CAGCAAUCUAUGUACAGUAAUGAUAGUCGUUACGUUGUGAAUUGAGGAGAUGAUGCGGGGAAUGGGGAAAUAACUGCGGGUUAUAAGUCAAGAGAGUAUUCAACCUGUUUGUUCUGGUAGUUUCGUAGGCCAUUAGCGGGUUCUGUCGCUCAGUUUGAUCCACCAACGCUUUGAUUAUGAGAGUCUAGCCCAAAUAUCAGCAAGAGCUUUCAUUCUUGCAAUCACAGGACUAUCUUUGUCACAAGCAGGAGGUUUUCUACACAGACGUCUUAUACUCAUCAUAAUAUUUGAAUUCAUUAAGUAGCUAACAUCACUUCUACAUUUAGUCCUGUGCAACUUGGACAAUAACUUUUCCAAAGUUUUUGCCUUGAAGCAUCGAAGUAAAGGCCUCGGGAGUUUGUUCCAAACCCACUUUCAUAUCCAAUUUAAAAUGAAGCUUCUGUUCGCUAAGAAGCUUCUUUAUAGUAGAGCAGCAUUCGUCCCAGUACAACGAGUAGUAGUAAUAAUACGAGAAACCCUCAAACCGGAUGCAUUUCGUAAUCAUUUGCAUUGUAUUUUUUAAACCGUAUGGCUCCUUGGCACAGUACUGGCUCAAUGCACCGCAAUAUAUGAUACGUGCAUACAGGUUUGCAUGAAGGAAAACGGUAUCCAAAAGCUCUCCGCCAACAUUAUCAAAAUACACAUCAAUGCCCUUGGGACAAGUUCUUUUUAAAGCAUCUGAAUAGUUUUCCUUUUUAUAAUUGAAUGCGUCAUCAAAAUGAAGUUCAUUUUUCAGGAACUCAACCUUUUCAUCAGAACCGGCACUGCCGACUACAUAACAGCCGAAUGACUUUGCAAGUUGUCCUGCCAUCAUACCGACAGCUCCGCAUGCCGAAGAGACCAAGACAGUCUCGUUAGCCUUUGGGUGACCAACAUGCUUUAAACCGAUAUAAGCCGUAUGGCCAGCCAUACCCAAUACACCGAGAUAAUCUUUCAGCAUGCUGUCAUCUUUGUCAGUGAUCAGACAAGACGACUCGAGCGUUUGUGUCGACAGAAGCGUAUACUCUUCCCAAUUAGCAAAAGAAAACAGCCUGUCACCUUUCUUCCAUUUCUCCGAUAAAGAAUCAAUAACGGUGACAACAGCAUAACAAGACAAUGGUUUCCCUUCUUCAAACGGCUUUGUUACUUCCUCAUCAGCAUCAAGAUUUUCUAUCAGACGAAGCUUCAAAAAUGGGUCCACCGAUAUGUAGAGCACUUUAGCCAAGACAGGGAAAUUAUCUGACAGCUGUAAUUGGGAAGCGUCAUAUGGUCUCCGAACAAAGUCAAUGUUUUCUCCAACUUUCGGAUACCCCUCGGAACUCUGCAUCAGCUUUCUAACAAUGACGGCGUUAUUCGACAUGUCUUGCAUAGUAGUAGUAAUAGUAGUAGUAGUAGUAGGAGUAGUAGGAGAAAGAAACAAUGGAUGUCAGUGCUGCUUACAAUGAAUUGCAGCCGAAAUACAAUUCUUUUUAUACAUAUACAAUUGUUAUUCACAUACUUGCUUGUGACCGCCUCGGAGAUUACGGUUUUGUCGGAAGCCGAAAACAAAUGCUUUGACUAAUAGGAAAUAACGGGCCGACAAAAAUUCGCUAACGCCAACUUACUAAGCGCUUUCCUACUUACUAAGCACUUAAGGGUCCCAUGGGUCGGGAGUAUACUAUGAUAUAGUUUUGAACGAUGGUUCACCUGUUGAUAUCUAUCAAUGAAUUCUACCAUGUUUCGUAUACUAACAUACCUUGAACAUGUGCAGUACAUACAAUGCGAUACUUUCCUGCCAAAAACGAUUUUUAAGGUUUAUUUAAGCGAAACUAUUUACUUGCUUUGUCGCUUUCUGAGCAGUUUUUGCAUUCCAGGGAGAUGGUACAGUGACAAGACGUGUGUUGCAAACACCUGAUCAAGGUUAUAUAAGGUUCAGAAACGCAUUCUAAGUUGCCUGUAAAGAAGUUUAUCUGUAUACGAAAGGGUGCCGGCUAUUUAGUUUUAAGCUCAGUAAGAAUGUCGGUCUUGUUGGAUAUUUUCGGGCAAUUCCCCUUAACAAUAUGUGUUCCAUUGUGUCUAUUCUACGAAGUGAAGGAUCCUUCUUCGUAUCCGUUAAUGGUACAGACCAUGAAAGAUGGUCUACAACGACUCUCUGCAGCCUUCCCUUGGAUCGCAGGAAAGGUCAUUAUCGAAGGUGUUAAUGAAAACUGCACGGGAAUAAGAAAAAUCAAGCUUAUAGGUAAAAUCCCGCUUAUUAUUAAGGAUUUGAGAGAUGAUCCUUCGGUGCCAACCAUGGAUGAAUUUCGGAAAACUAGAUUUCCCAUGGCUUCUAUUAAGGAGAAGGUUGUUGCACCAUACAGUUUCCUCCCUCAUUUGAGAGAUGGAAACGACCCAGACACGGACUCGGAUCCUGUCUUUUCUGUGCAGAUGAAUUUCAUAAACGGAGGUCUUUUGCUCACAUGUAUCGGCCAUCAUAGUGUAAUGGACAUGACUGGAGAAACGAAGGUUAUGCAUUUGCUUUCAAAGGCUUGUCACAACGAACCGUUCUCAAGCGAGGAACUGAGAAUCGGUAACUUGGAUCGUCAAACCGUUUUCCAAAAAGUGACUGAACCUUUUGACCCAGAAGUCGAACUCGUUAAUCAACUUACCAAGGUUAAGCGAUCAUUCAAAGAGUCAGUCGGAGAAGCACUCUUAAAGUACGUUCCAAGCACUUGGAAGUGCUUUCUUUUUGAACGCGAUUCCCUUGAUGCCCUAAAGGCACUUGCUUCUGAAAGCAUCUCAGAGUCUACAAGUUUUGUUUCUACUGAUGAUUCACUGACUGCAUUUGUAUUUCGGGCCAUCAUUCGUGCUCGUUUCCCCCGUUUGAACCCUUCAACUGAAUUAAGUCUGGUUCGCUGCGUUAAUGUUCGAGACUAUCUUGGCAUCCACCCUGACUAUCUCGGAAAUGCCCUGCACCAAACGUAUUGCAGUUGGAAAGCUGAAAGUGUUGUGAAGGCUCCGGUAGGUAGUAUCGCGUCGCGACUUCGUUCAGCUAUAAAGCCAUCUGAAUUGGCGCGCCAAACGCUAAUACUUGGGACUUACCUUGAUGGUCUGCAGGAUAAAAGCACGGUUUCAUACAGUGCCAACCUUGACGCAACUGAAACUGUGAUGCUUAGUUCAUGGGCGAAAAUGAAAAGCUUCGACCUUGACUUUAAUUUUGGUUUGGGAACACCAGAAGUUGAGAGAUUUCCACAGUGUAUCCCGGUCGAAGGACUGGUGUAUUUCUUACAUCGUGGGGCAAAUGGAGAAAUUCCAGUUUCAAUCUGCCUAAGAAACGAAGACAUGGAAAGACUGAAGGCUGAUAAGGAAUUCACCAAAUACGGAGUCUAUAUUGGUUGAAAACUGGCUUAUGAACGAUGAGUAAUGAGUAAAGUAAACACUUUCCGUUUUCAUUAUGUUAUGUUUUUUGUUAAUAUAAAUGAUAUCUAUGUUAUACCUUUGAACACAUUUAUGAAUACUUGAUGAAUACUUAUUACACAAAGUAGUAAAACUUGC